AUGAAUCAGAAUGGAGACCAUGAGAGAGAGUAUGAACAUGAUCAACAUAAACAACCUAUAUUUUCCUAUCCAGGGAGUAUAACAACUACCAGUAAUGGCAAUAUUCAUGUGUUGGAUGCAGUUAGUGGUGCCAGAGGCAAAGUAGCAGUGUUAGGACAAGGUGGUGAUAUAAUCAAUACAUAUACAGGAGACAGAGAGAUCAACAAGGAUAUACAAUUCUAUCCUGGAGACAUAGUGACAACACCUAGAGACAAUGUUAUUGUAGCUGAUCCAAGUACCAACACACUUCAUAUCCUGAACAAUGCUGACCUGCCGAUGGCAUUUUAUAAAACAAGUGACAUAAACAUAAAAUACCAACUUUCUCUUGCAUUUUCUCCAACAGGUCAACUCUACAUAGGAUGUAAUAGAUCAUCACAUGGUACAAAAAAGGAUGCCAAGAUAUAUGAAGUGACCAUAUCAGGAUGUUAA